GUCAAAAAAACAACGGCAUUAUUGUUUUAAUUUUGAAAUUAAUUACUUCUUAAUUGCUAAUUUGAUGCAUAAAGUUUCGAUCUUGAUUUCAUAUUCUGUGUAAUCUUGCUAUUAAUCUUAAAAUUUCGUUGAUUUUAAGAUUAUUAAGGGCUGUUUCAUUGACUUUUCAAAUUUUUAAAACGGUAAAAAUAUAAAAAAAAUCUUAGAAAAAUUUAAGGUUGUUCAAUGUAGAAGAAGUUUCAGAAAAAAAAAAUACUGAAUUUUAAGAGGGAGAAAGUAGAGAGAGAAAGCUUGGGUGGGUUGCUUUAGAGUAAAGGGAGAAGCUUUAUUAUUAAGAUUGCUGGGAUUUUUAUUUAUUUUUUCUUUUUUGGAAACUUAAAAGGAAAGAUCAAGCAAAGUUUGAUUAGUUUUUGAUUUAUGAUUAUCAACCUAAUCCCAUGAUUAUAACCUCUAAACCCCCGUGUUUUUCUGUCUCAUAAAUCUUAAUUGUUGAAUUUUGUUGUGUUUUUCCUGUUAAUUUAAUUAAACCCAGUUAAGAAAAAGUGAGAAAAUUGCUAUAAUUAGUUUCCUUUUCUCUUUAUUUUUUUCUUUUGUUAUUUGGGUGUUAAUUUUGCAGAGAAUAAGGUAAAAAAGGCACUUCAUUUGCUUUUAUGAGCUGUUGAUACACCAAAUUUUAAUGAUGACAAUGCUUUUCUUGUGAGCAAUUAACUGACUUUGUUGAUUUUUGGAGAAUCUAAGGUUACUAAACUUUGGGUGUUGAAUGGGGGCUAUUGUCGCCGAGGAGUCGAAGAAUUCGGACAAGAUGACCGGAGGGGCGGGCCGAGAGGAGAAGAUCUUGGUGUUGGUGAGGUUAAGGCCCUUGAAUGACAAGGAGGUCUCCAAGAACGAAGUAGCUGAUUGGGAAUGUAUUAAUGAUAGUACCAUUUUGUAUAGAAAUAGUCUUCAAGAACGCUCUGGACUUCCCACGGUUUAUUCAUUUGACAGGGUAUAUUCAGGCGAUUGCCCAUCCAAGCAGGUGUAUGAGGAAGGAACAAAGGAAAUUGCUCUUUCUGUUGUUAGUGGGAUUAAUUCCAGCAUUUUUGCUUAUGGACAAACAAGCAGUGGAAAAACAUACACCAUGAAUGCAAUUACCGAGUAUACUGUUGCUGAUAUAUAUGACUAUAUGCAAAGGCAUGAAGAGCGGGCAUUUGCUCUCAAGUUCUCUGCCAUGGAGAUCUACAAUGAAAAUGUGAGGGACCUUCUCAGUUCGGACAAUACUCCUCUGAGGCUAAUGGAUGAUCCUGAGAAAGGAACCAUUGUGGAAAAGCUGACUGAGGAAAAAUUAAAUGAUUGGAGCCAUUUAAGGAAGCUUCUGUCUAUUUGUGAAGCUCAAAGGAAAGUUGGAGAGACCUCCUUGAAUGAACAUAGCUCAAGGUCACAUCAAAUUCUGAAACUGACAAUUGAGAGUUCUGCUCGUGAGUUCAUAGGCAAGGGAAACUCAAGUACCCUUUCAGCUAGUGUGUUUUUUAUUGAUCUAGCUGGAAGUGAACGGGCAGCUCAGGCAAUGUCAGCUGGGACACGAUUAAAGGAAGGUUGCCAUAUAAACCGGAGUCUGCUAACACUAGGGAAUGUUAUCCGCAAGCUAAGCAAGGGAAGGCAAGGACAUAUCAAUUAUAGGGACUCUAAACUGACUCGCAUCCUGCAACCCUGCUUGGGAGGCAAUGCUAGAACUACCAUCAUCUGCACUCUGAGCCCUGCACGUAGCCAUGUGGAGCAAUCAAGGAACACUUUGUUGUUUGCUAGUUGUGCUAAACAGGUGACAACAAAUGCACAGGUGAAUGUUGUCAUGUCAGACAAAGCCUUGGUCAAACACUUGCAGAAAGAACUGGCCAGACUGGAAAGUGAGCUAAGGAGUCCAGCUCCCACAUCAUCAUCUUGUAAUUGUUCAGUGACAAUCAGAAAGAAAGAUCUUCAACUUGAGAAGAUGGAGAAGGAGAUUAGGGAGCUGACAAAGCAAAGGGAUCUUGCUCAAUCUCGAGUUGAGGAUCUAUUGCAAAUAAUUGGAAAUGAUCAAUCAUCUAAUAAACAGCAACGGCAUAAACCCCAUUCAAAGUGGAAAGUACCGAACAAAUGGGAAGAUGAAGGUUCUAUUUCAGACUCAAGUGUGAACGGUCAUCAUCGUGUGGAUGGUGUCCAAGAUGAAGACGGUGAAAGUUAUAUUGAAGAUCCAUCUUCACGGGCAUUAGAGCAUGAAGAUUAUACAUCUGAGAUGGGUGACGACCAGUGUAGAGAAGUCCGAUGUAUUGAGAUGGAAGGAUCUGAAGCUUCAACUACGUUUGGUAAUGGGCAUGGAAGCAAUGGCAGGAGCUCCCAUCAAAAUGGUUAUUUGUAUGGUUCAUUGGAACAAAGGAUCCAGGAAGUGCAAAGGUCAAUUGAUUCCCUUGUUAGUCCUCAACCUGAAAAUCCAUCUGUGUGGGAUGAUUCUGCCGAUGCAUCAAGCUCCAGAAGUAUGAAUUUCAGUAAGGUUCGGGGCUCUAAGGGAAGUUAUUCAAACGGCCAAUCUUAUCCCUCUAGUAAGGAAGAGUAUUCGGAGAGAACCCCUCCUAGUGAUGUGGAGAUGGACUACAGUGGCAGACCUGGAGAAUUUAAAAGGUUUGCUGUACUAGAUUAUGGUGGUAACUCUGAAAAGUUGUCACGUAAUGGCUCUCAGUCAUCUGUUGGAACAGAAGUUGUUGACGAUGUAAGAUCACUGAGUGGGAACAAUGUUGCUGAUGAGGAGAUAACAAGUGUCCAGACUUUUGUUGCUGGCCUCAAGGAUGCUAAGCUUCAAUAUGAGAAGCAACUUGGAGACGGCCAGGGACCUCCUGAAUUGAGAAAGUCGUUGAGAGACGUGGGAUUGGAUCCCAUGAUUGAUGGAGAAGAUUCAGAAGACACUACAUUGGAUUGGAACUUGCAAUUUGAAAAGCUUCAGAAAGCUAUUGUUGAACUUUGGAAAAUAUGCAAUGUUUCAUUGGUUCACAGGACCUAUUUCUUCCUUCUUUUUAAGGGCGACCCUACGGAUUCCAUUUAUCUGGAGGUCGAGUUAAGGAGGCUUACUUUCCUAAAGGAUACAUUAUCCCAUGUUAAUCGUUCGGUAGAUGGUGGACAUGCACUGAAAUUGAUUUCAAGUGAGAAGGCACUUCGAAAAGAAAGGGAGACGCUGAGCAAGCUGAUCAACAGAAGGUUCUCAAGUGAGGAGAGGAAGAGACUCUACACAAAGUGGGGUAUAAAGCCAGAUUCAAAGCGUAGACGAGCACAGCUUGUAUCUCGGUUAUGGACAGAGACAGAAGACAUGGACCAUAUUGUGGAGAGUGCAGCUAUCAUCGCCAAACUAGUCAAGUUCUCAGAGCAAGGACGGGCGUUCAAAGGGAUGUUUGGGCUUAGCUUCUCACCUCCAAUUUUAAGGAGGAGAUCAUAUGGUUGGAUGAACAGCAAGACAUCCCUUGUAUGAGUAUUUAGUGUAUGACUUGUGUUAGUGUGUAGGUAAUAGGAUCUAUCUAUAUAUAGUCGAAGUUAGCCACAGAUAUCGUUCGAUUUGAUUACAGUGUUGCCCAUUCUUUCCACGUUUGUAGGUGAACAGAACAUUGUUUCUGUGAUUCUUGUAAGCUCAAAUUAGGAAGUGUAUGUUGGUUUUUGGUUUUGUGCUGCUUCCUGCUGGUGAUUGUAUCUAACUAAGAGUUGAUGAAUGGGAAAGUUGUUUUAGUUACUUAUUUUUCGCUUCGAA